ACCCUGCAACACAACUGAGCUUGUCUGACAGAGUGAGCAAGAGACUGUGUGUCCGUAUGUGUAUGUGAGACACCGAGAGGCAGCCAAGAUGAGAGUGUGAAGCGUUGAGAGGGAAAACCUAGAAAAAAACAGCAAAGGCAAUCAGAAAGGGGGGAGAGGAGGAGUCAGCAUCACAGCAGGAAAGGCAGAGUAGAAGAAAAGACAGAAAGAAAAAGAACAAUGUGAAUGUAACAUCUUUAAUAGUGCUGGUACCAAAGCCAGGAGUGCAAUGGCUAGAUGACCGGUCACUACAGGGAUACCAGCAUCAUUUCUUGGAGCCUUGACAGGAGGAGACAAGACAAAUUCAAACACCCUCAAAGGUAAACGCUCUUCAACCAGACCCACACCACAAAACCAUGUCGUCUACUGGGUCAACUAACCGCAACAAGCGCCUGGCAUCUGAAACAGACAAGACUCAAAGGGUGUUAGACAAUGACACUGCUCAGCACCUGAAACUCAGAGACAGACAGCGCUUUUUCGAAGAGGUCUACCAGCAUGACACGGACAAUUAUUUGCCUACUGCUCAGCUGCAGAUUGACCACAGGAAACCCCCCAUGGGUAGUAUUUCUUCUAUGGAGGUGAAUGUGGACGCCCUUGAGCAGAUGGACCUGAUGGAUGUAUCGGAUCACGAAGCCCUUGAUGUGUUCCUCAACUCAGGCUCAGAAGCAGAUGAGGGAGCUCUGGCGUCUCCACUACCAGAAGGCGAGGAAGAUGAUGAAGAUGAAGACAAUGAAGAUGCAGAGGUUGUGUACAGGGAGUGUGCAUCUCAGAAACGACAAAAUGAGCCAUACCAUGGCUCAAAGUCUCGCAUUUCUUCUACAUCAUCUGCUUCCAGUGAUAGCAGCACAAGUGGCAUGGACACACCUGUGAUCCAGUUGGAUGAUGAAGAAGUCCACGCAGACACACUGCUGCUGACCUCUGCUCCCCAAACUAGGGAUGAAGAAACAGAAGAUGAAGAAGAAGAGGAAGAGAAAAGAUACCAUCCAACCAAUCAUCAAAAAGCCUGAAGAUCUCUCUCUCUCUCUCUCUCUCUCUCUCUUUAUAUAUAUAUAUAUAUAUAUAUAUAUAUAUAUUUAUUUAUACAUGAAUGUCUAUCAAAUGGGUGGAAACCCUAGCAUGGCUGGCCAAUGGCAAUUUACUUUGUUUUUUGAAGUAUGCUUCCUGGGAAUUUUCCUUUAAAAUUUACUGUACGCCCCUUUUCAUUUUCUAAAUCACUGUGGUGUACUUAAUGAAUUCAUCGCUAACUGAAAUUCUUAAAAGCUGUGUCACCAACACUACUCACACAAAGAAAUUAUUAUAUGGGACAUUCCAUGCUCCUUAACCAACUUGUUCUGGUUCAGUUGAAAUGAAAGUUGAACUCUAUCGGAAUUCUGGGCACCUUACACCUCCCUCUUCUUCUUUAUUUCUUUUUUGAAACUGAAAUUGCAUGCCCAGAAUAACUCCUCCUGGAAGGACUCAUGGGAAUCAAAAACUGCAUACCAGCUCAAUUAUUAUGUUUACACUUCUGUAAGGUUGCAUUUACACUUGUCUAUAUGUCUACUUCUGUUCAUGUCUACUAAAGGCAGAAACAACACGUCUUUCUCUGUCCAGGUCUUCUCAAGGAAGGAAAAGUAAUCCCGAGAAUGAGAAAAUUUAGAAAGGAGAAAAUCUUUACAGGAUUUAAGUCCCAGAAAGCUUCUUGUAAAUGACCUCAGCAACCCUAACUAAAGAAGAAAAGUCACAGUGACCUAUUUAGUCCAUUGUUCUGUGACUUCUUUGUCUAAAGUGUAAAAAUGCUUUUACUCAAGUGUUCAAACUGACAACACUGACAAGAGUUCAAAGUGAAAAUAUGGAGGAAGGACGGGCAUAAUCUUGUUCUUGAGAAAACAUUUUUGAAAUGAGUCACAGUGCGUACCCCAACCCCAGCUAAAACUAUAUUUCUGUAGUUUUUCUGUUUGCUUUUUUUUUUAUGAAUCUCUUGCUGUAUGCAUGUGGAAAUUAUUUACAAAAUCAUGAAUGGAACUAAGGUAUUUGUAAAUGCAUGGUAUUUUGUUCUUGUUUUCAGUACUACUAGUGUUGCAUUACUGAACUAUGCACGUGGCACCUGUGCUAACUCAAGCACACUUCUGUUCUCCAUGUGACAUAUUUUUUUGGAGUUUCAUAUUUAUACCUACAUGAAGUGGUAGUGAUUCAGCUGAAAGCAAUUUGUGUGUUAAUGCUCAGUGUUUAAUGUGUGUCUGUGUGGAUGCCUGACAUUUACAUGCAUUUCCCAGGUUGCUAAUUUUAAAACAACCUUUACACAUUGUUCCCAUGAUGUGUGCAUCUUAUUAAAAGUUAAAAUAAAAAUAUUAAAAAUGAA